UGUAGCCGGAGGGGGUGAAUGAGACGAUGAGCGCAGCCUAUGAGGAAAGAAAGCUGAAGGAUGGGUUUUAUGAUGUUUGCUGUUAGAAAUGGAUUCGUGCUAAGCGGGAGCAAAUAAUUUGAAUUCGUCUGGUGAUGAGACAAGCUCAGAGAGAGUUACCACAUCCAAAUCUGAUUAGUAGCUACAUCUGGAGUCUGUGUAAAACUCUGUGGCAGGCAGGUCCUUUCUAAGCUUAAGGUAAGUUCAAGCAGCAUCAGGAGGGAGGAUGGGAGGUGGAGGACAGCAGACUGAGCCAGCAGAGCCCGGCAGCGGGAAGGCUGAAGGUGUUUACACCUGGGAGGAGGUGCAGAUGCACAGCAGCAGGAACGACCAGUGGCUGGUGAUCAACCGAAAGGUUUAUAACAUCAGCCAGUGGGCCAAAAGGCAUCCAGGAGGGUUUCGGGUCAUCAGCCACUAUGCUGGAGAGGAUGCAACGGAGGCUUUCACUGCUUUUCAUCCAGAUCUGAAGUUUGUGCAGAAGUUUCUGAAGCCUCUACUGGUUGGAGAGCUGGCAGCGACAGAGCCGAGUCAGGACCGGAAAAAAAACGCAACAAUCAUAAAAGACUUUGAGUCUUUACGAGCGGAAGUGGAGAAAGAAGGUCUUUUUCGCACUAAGCCUUUAUUCUUCUGCCUCCAUCUGGGUCACAUCCUGCUCCUGGAGGCCUUAGCCUGGCUGAUGGUCACGUAUUGGGGGACGAGCUGGACGAUGACAUUACUGUGUGCAGCGAUGCUGGCAACAUCUCAAGCACAGGCUGGAUGGUUGCAGCAUGACUUUGGUCACCUUUCGGUUUUCAAGAAGUCCAAGUGGAAUCACCUGGUCCACAAGUUUGUCAUUGGACAUUUAAAGGGAGCUUCAGCCAACUGGUGGAACCACCGACAUUUCCAGCAUCACGCCAAACCGAACAUCUUCAAGAAAGAUCCUGAUGUCAAUAUGUUGGAUGUCUUUGUCCUUGGAAACAGUCAACCAGUGGAGUACGGCAUUAAAAAGAUCAAACACAUGCCCUACAAUCACCAGCACAAAUACUUCUUUCUCGUGGGACCUCCGCUGCUCAUCCCGAUUUAUUUCCACAUGCAAAUAAUGAACACCAUGAUUACUCGUUGUGACUGGGUGGAUUUUGCUUGGUCAAUGUCGUACUACUUUCGCUACUUCUACUGUUAUACCCCUCUGUAUGGCUUUCUUGGCUCACUGGCACUCAUGACAUUUGUCAGGUUUUUAGAGAGUCACUGGUUUGUGUGGGUAACUCAGAUGAAUCACAUACCAAUGGAGAUUGAAUAUGAGAAGAAUCAAGACUGGCUGACCAUGCAGUUACAAGCCACGUGUAAUAUUGAGCAGUCCAUGUUCAACGACUGGUUCAGUGGACACCUCAACUUCCAAAUCGAACACCAUCUGUUUCCCAUGAUGCCGCGCCACAACUACCACCUGGUGGCCGACCGGGCCCGUGCGCUGUGUGAGAAGCAUGGGGUCCCUUAUGAAACAAAAUCUUUGUGGCGAGGAAUGGCUGAUGUUGUCAGUUCAUUGAAAACUUCAGGAGAACUCUGGCUUGAUGCAUAUCUCCAUAAAUGAUUACAUUUAUAUAAAUAGACUGAGAGUUUUGGCCAUAUUGCAUCACAAUCUGUCUGUAUCUGUGUGGCUGAAAAUCCAGUUAUAACGCUGGUUUGUUGGUGUGAAAACUUUUUUUUUGGCUUUUUUGCUACAUUUAUAGAGCAUGAAGCAUUUAUUAGUGUUUUUAAUUAACAUUAGUUGGAUGUUUUAGGAUACUAAACAAUUUUAUUUUCUUGAAAAAAAAGUGAUAAGAGUAGGACAUUUUUAUUUACAUAAAGUAAAAAAAGAUUUUUAUCAAAUACAUUCAAUGUUAUAUAACAUUUUCUUCUGUUAGACCUUCACCUGUGACCCUAUUUGAUCUUCAAAUAAACAGCAAAUUUCUGACCAUU